AUGGGAACGAUGGGUCGCGUGCACCAUGUCAAUGUGGUUCGCUUGGUUGGCUUUUGUGCUGAUGGGUUUAUACGAGCUCUUGUGUAUGAAUUCUUACCAAAUGGCUCAUUACAAAACUUUUUAUCAUCAGCAGAUAAUAAAAAUUCUUUCCUUGGUUGGGAUAAGUUGCAAGAUAUUGCUUUUGGUAUAGCCAAAGGAAUUGAGUAUCUUCACCAAGGGUGUGACCACCGAAUCCUCCAUUUCGACAUCAAACCCCAUAACAUUUUGCUAGACCAGAAUUUCACUCCGAAAAUUUCCGAUUUUGGUCUAGCCAAGUUAUGCGCAAGGGAUCAAAGCGCAAUAUCCAUGACAACCGUCAGGGGGACCAUGGGCUACAUUGCACCUGAAGUGUUCUCUAGGAACUUUGGUAGCGUGUCCUACAAGUCAGAUGUUUAUAGUUUCGGGAUGUUGUUGCUGGAAAUGGUUGGUGGCAGAAAAAACUUUAAGGUCAUGGAGGACUCCACCAGCCAAGUCUGCUUCCCGGAAUGGAUUUAUAACCUUUUAGAACAAGGGGAUGACCUACGGAUCCAUAUUGAGGAUGAAGGAGAUGCUAAACUUGCAAAGAAACUUGCCAUUGUGGGUCUAUGGUGCGUCCAAUGGCACCCAAUAGAUCGUCCUCCAAUGAAAGUUGUAGUUCAAAUGUUAGAAAGAGAAGGCGACAAUCUAACCAUACCACCCAAUCCUUUCUGCUCUACUUCGAACUGA